GCAGAGGGGCGGCGCGUGAGUGAAGCGAACACCGGAGCCUUUUGCGAAGUCGCGCGGACCGAGAGGAAGCAGGACGGUGCGGCGGCUUCUUGGACACCAUGGCGGGCGGGGGCAGUGCUGGCGAGUGGUGCCUCAUGGAGAGCGACCCAGGCGUCUUCACGGAGCUCAUCAAGGGGUUCGGUUGCAGAGGAGCACAGGUUGAAGAAAUAUGGAGUUUGGAGCCUGAGAACUUUGAAAAAUUAAAGCCAGUCCAUGGACUGAUUUUUUUAUUCAAAUGGCAACCAGGAGAAGAACCAGCUGGUUCUGUUGUUCAGGAUUCUAGAUUAGAUACAUUAUUUUUUGCUAAACAGGUAAUAAAUAAUGCUUGUGCAACUCAAGCCAUAGUAAGUGUGUUGUUGAACUGUACCCAUCAAGAUAUCCAUUUAGGAGAAACGCUGUCUGAAUUCAAAGAAUUCUCUCAAAGCUUUGAUGCAGCGAUGAAAGGCUUAGCAUUAAGUAACUCAGAAGUGAUACGGCAGGUUCAUAACAGUUUUGCUAGACAACAGAUGUUUGAAUUUGAUGCGAAGUCAACAGCAAAAGAAGAAGAUGCCUUUCACUUUGUCAGCUAUGUUCCAGUAAAUGGUCGAUUAUAUGAAUUGGAUGGUCUGAGGGAAGGUCCAAUAGAUUUAGGAGUAUGCAAUCAAGAUGACUGGAUCAAUGCUGUAAGGCCUGUCAUAGAAAAACGGAUACAAAAGUAUAGUGAAGGCGAAAUAAGGUUUAACCUGAUGGCAAUUGUAUCUGAUAGAAAAAUGAUAUACGAACAGAAAAUUGCGGAACUGCAGAGACAGCUGGCUGAGGAAGAGCCGAUGGAUACAGACCAGAGUAGUAAUAUACUAAGUUCCAUUCAAUCUGAAGUUGCAAAGUAUCAGAUGUUAAUUGAAGAAGAAAACCAAAAAUUGAAGAGGUACAAGGGGGCAGUGCAACCUGAUCCCUGCAACAAGAUUGAAAACAUUAGAAGAAAACACAACUACCUGCCAUUUAUCAUGGAAUUGCUGAAAACAUUAGCAGAACAUCAGCAAUUGAUUCCACUAGUAGAAAAGGCAAAAGAAAAACAGAAUGCUAAGAAAGCUCAAGAGGCCAAAUGAAGACCAAUGUCUUUACAGGGUGGCUGUCUGGAGAGGAAAAUGUGCUUCUGAAUGUCUUUGUAACCUUGCAAGACUUGUACAGUUUAAAUUUGUCCAGCACACAUUUGCAGAUUUGUAACAGUUUGUCCUGUCUCAUUUGCACGGGGUCUACAAAUCUUCCCUUUUUCCCUGUUGCUAUCAUGUGCAUGAACUACCACUCAGUAAUGGUUUUAGAAUCUCUGUCCAAUUCCAGUAUAUAACAGUGAUUUCUGACUGAUUCUUCAUAUUUAAUCAGGAAAUGCUGCUGCAAUUUGUAUAGACCCAAAUUGGUGCAAGUAAUGUAGAACUUUUUACUGUAAUGAACAUAUUUAAAAUAUCUUGUCUCUUAAUGAAGCCGUGGAUAUAUAGUUAUGUGAAGAGAGCUUAACUUAUUUUUACAAAUAAGUUGGCCUAUCUUUGCUUGCCACCACUACCUAUCUUGGUCUUGGAGUUGUUCAGUGACUUGCCCUGAGUUGUUUUUAUGGAGUUAUGUCUACAUUUUCUACACAACUGAAAGUAAAAAUUUAACAGUGAAAUGAUUGACAAAGACCAAUGCAUAAGCGUAAGAGUUUAUUGCUUUAGUAGAAAAAAUAAUAAAUAUUCCCAUUUUUAUUUUGGCAAAUUAUUGUAUGGUAUGAUAAUUCGAUAUACUGUAUGGAUAAUAUGAUUUUGUGGGGAAAAAAUUCACUUCUCUUGAACACUCUCAUCCCUCUACAGCAGUAUUCCUUUCAUAUUAGCCCCGUGGUCUUCACCUGAGUCACACAAUCUACUGCUCUUGGGAGCAGAGUGACAUUGCAGGUGGCUGUACUAGUAAAUAUAGAUUAUAGAAGUGAUUGUAGUACUUGGGGAAGGGUAUUAGAAGCCUUCCUCAAGAAGUGGAUACAGGAUUGGGGAACCAGGAAAAGACUCCCAACUCUAAUAGAAGAUUUAAUUAAGUAGUUCUAAAUUCCAGAAAAUUGGAUUAAAUGAGUAAGCCAUGACUUGGGAAACAUGCCAUGCAAAUGCAGUCAGUGGAAUCCAAUCCUUCAUUAGUUGCUUCUUCCAAAUCUUUAGAACAGAUUUUUUUUUCUUUUCAGCAAUUAUUAUAGAAAUAAGUCUCAGUACAGGAAUGAUAAUUUGGACAAAUCUCAGAUCUAGCAGUUUUUGUCAGUUUGAAAGUCCACUGAAUUAUGUUCUGUUAAAUUGAAAGUUUAUGGUAUAUUUUUAAAAAAUGGGAGAAGAACCUGCUCUUACCUUAAAGGAGUGCUGUUUAUGACAAAACAAGCAAAAGCAAGAGUAUCCAGACAAAAAGUGUCCCUUAGGAAACAGAAAAGUUGGCGAACCCAUGCCUUGCAUCCUUCAUCUAGGUGAGAGGCCCCAAAUUAUGUGCACUACAGAUCUUAACAUCCCUGAUUCUUCAGCUGACUGUGGCUGCUGAGACUUAUAGGUUGGCAGCAUCUAUUGAACCUUGGAUUUCCCCACACGUGAUCUAGGAUCUUGGGUGCCUUUAUAUUACUGAAUCAUAUUUCUGCAUUGUGGACUUCUGCAGAGUCCAAUGUGUCCAGGUUUGAGGCACUAUAUUUGAAGGAAGUGUAUAAAUCAGCAACAAAGACAAUCAAGGAACUGGAGACAUAAGAUUGAAUAUGUUUAGCCGAGGAAGAAACGAAGAAUGGGCAUGCUAGCCCUUACCAAGUGCCUUAAAAGUCACACAGCAGCUAGUCAAGAUUUGUUCUCCGUGCCCUGAGUGCAGUACUCAGAACAAUUGUUGUUAUAAUAAAGUAGUUUAUGAUUGAACAUUAGGAAAAAUUUAAUAAAAGUGGGUGCAGUUUGAUAGCAGAACCAAUUAUGAGAGAGGUGGUGAGCUCUUUGCUGAAUGUGAUCAAGCAGAUGGACAAACAUCUGUUGGGGAUGCUUUAAUUUUGAGUUCUUCACUAAGCAGGGUUUGGAUUUAAUGGCUUAAAUGGUUCUCUUUCCAAUUCAGUGAUUCAUCCCUAGGGGCUACGACAGUUGUUGCCAAUGGAAAAACUUACACCAAAAGUCUCACAUUAUAAAACGCUGGAUAUUUCCUUAAAUUGGUGAAUCAGCUAUCCCCAAAAGGAAAGAUUGGGCUUCAGUAUAUACUGAAGUUGCAUCGGGCAGUUGGGUGGUCUUUCAUGUUUAUAUCCUGCCCUUCUGUUUUGUAAUCUGAGAUUCUUAAAUUGACUUAGCAUCUUAAACAACAAACACACAUAAACGGAGAAAAAUGGACAACAGCAGAUUAAAAAGUCAUGUUUUUCAGGCCAAUCUGAAAACAGGAAUCAAAUAUCAGUUAACAGAGGAAAAGUUUACAGCUAGUGCCACGAGGCCAAGAAGCUGCUGGCUUUUCUAGGGUAGAACAUUCCAUAUGCAGAUGCUAACACAGCAAAAAAUAAAGUAGUACCCCUUGUAUGUUGUACCUAUGCUGGUAGCACGGUAGAGAUUGGGGCUUCCUCAAAAGACAUGAGAUGGGACAAUCAUUUAUUCUAGUUCAAGCUGUGACAGAUUUAUAGAAGAAUUAAGCAUCACAAAUAAUCAAAGGCGGGGAUCCAAGCUAGACUGCCCUACACAAUAUCAAGUACUGCUAGUAAGAUUAUGUAUACCAGGGAUUCUCAUACUAUGCAACAUAACUCCUGGGGGAUCACAAGCAAAUCUGAGAUAAAAUUGGGUUGGGGCUUGCAUACACGUAACUAGAGCACUGUCAGAACCUGUUCUGUUUGGUGAGUCUUGAAAGGGCUUACGCACCCAAAGCUGGAUUGCUGUUAGAACUCUUGCUUAGCCUGGACAAGCCAGCAGCUGGCUUGUUUUGGAGUGAGUUCUGUGAGCCUCACCAGUGUGCACCAAAAGCCAAGUCACUCAUAAUUUGUUCCUGCUCUGUCUGGACAACCCAGCAGCAAAGUCAGGAUCUUCUACAAUUGCUGCUUUAAAGAAUGUGUAUCAAUCCAAAUUAAAUCUGGAAUGGAAAAUGGGAGUGAUGGUAAAAAAAAAAUUAAUAAUAAUAAAGGCAAUUUUAGAAUUUAGACAAAACUAAACAAGCUCAUCCUGUAUGUUUAUGUAUGUGUGGGUG